UCAUUCCGAAUUGCAAUUGCGCUUUGCUUGCACAGAAUUUGGUAGUAGAAAUUAGAACUUUUUGUGAAUAUUACAAAACAGAAAUACAGAUUUCAAUUAGCAUUUUUUUCUUCAAAUAACGUAACAUUUACAAUAAAGUCUCAAUUCGUAAGCGUUUAAAAUCUAUAGAUAAAAUAUUAUUGACGACAUGCCUGCUUCCGGAAUUGACUUACAAAACAUCCUAGACGCCAAAAAUGCAUUCAAUGUUUUAAGACAAACGCUUAAUUACCCUGAAAAUUUUAAAAGCCAGUGUCGCAGCCAGCAGUUUAUAUCAACAAAUUGUUAUUAUGGAUAUCAUGAUCCCAGUAGACGGCUAGAAUCACCUCGAGAUGACCUGGAUUGUGAAAUGCAUGAGUUGCCGCCUAAAGCUGAUAACCUGAACAACAACAAGUCAUCGCUAAAUUUAAUCGAAAGCAAUCCAAGAAAACGUAGCGCAAAUGACAGCUUUUCUUCAAGAAGCAAAAGAUUACGUCAAGAAGUACAAACAAAGAAAAAUAAUGAACCUGAGACAAACGAGAAUAUGAAAUUGGAUAGAAGUACAGAAGAUUUACUGGCAACACUUUAUUGGCAUACACAUGGCGGGAAUUUAUAUCAGUGUGUGUGAAAAGACUUGUUCAACUAACAGUGAUAUUAUAAGGACUAUAAGUUUUUUCUCAUAAAAAAUGAUUUUCUUAAGUAUUAUAACAUUUUACUACAAAGAGUUUUCUAAAUAAACUUAUUAGGCAA